UGUGGAAGUCUUCAUCUCAAACAACUUUGCUUCACAAGAAGAAGAUAAUUGUCUGUGAGAGAGAGAGAGAGAGAGAUAGAGAAUGGAUGCCAGGCUUCACGAAGCAGCUCUAAUGGGCGAUGUUGAUUCCUUGUCCACAUUGCUUGAAGGAAAUGCUAACAUUCUCGAUGGGGCAGCUGAUUUUGCGGAGACCCCUUUGCACAUAGCAGCUCUAUUUGAUCACGUCGAGUUUGCAAAGAUUAUCUUAAGAAGAAAGCCGGAACUCACGCGUGUAUUAGACUCUGAACGAUCUUCGUCUUUGCAUUUGGCGUCAGCAAAAGGGCAUGUAGAAAUGGUAAAAGAACUAUUGGCGCUCGACGCCGAUAUGUGCCUUGUUCGUGAUAAACAUGGAAGGAUUCCUCUCCAUAUAGCAGCACUCAACGGUCAUGAGGAGGUCGUGAAGGUGUUAGUUGAUAAAAAGAGAGCAGCUACUCGGGUCUUAACGAGUCAAAGGGAGCAGAUUUUGCACCUUUGUGUGAAUCAUAACCGCCUUAACUCCGUGAAGUGGCUCUUAGAUUGUGUACAGGAUGGUAAAGAUAAUGAGUUUGUGAAAAUGAAGGAUGAUGAACACAACACUAUCCUCCAUCUUGCCGUUGCUAAGAAGCAUAUCAAACUCACAGAGUUUUUGGUCCGAAAGACUGUGAUGAAGGAAGAGGUGAAUGCCUUGAAUGCACACGGUUUCACAGCCUUGGAUGUUUUACUGCAAAACCGUAGAAAAUCGAAGGAUACGAAACUUGAAGGGAUCCUCCGAGCUGCUGGAGCUAAAAAAGCUGGAGCCAUGCAUCCCACGAGAGACAAUUGGACAAUUAAACCAUUGGCUUCUAGAAAUGAGAAGUGGAAGAAGCACGGUGACUGGUUGAACGAGAUAAGGAGUAGUCUAAUGGUGGUGGCAGUAUUGAUCGCUACGGUAACAUUUCAAGCUGGAUUCACCCCUCCCGGUGGGCUUAUGCAAGCGGAAAAGUCGGAUGCGCCUCUGUCGGGGUAUCCUACAAGCCCUGCUCCAGCCGGCCCUAUUUACACAGGAGGGCAGUCGAUCAUGGCUCUUAACUAUCCACGUGGAUACAAAUUGUUCUUAAUUUUCAAUUCGAUAGCAUUCCUAUCAUCUUCAGGCAUAAUCUUAUUGCUAAAUAUCUUAGACAGUACCAAAAGCCUUCCGGUUAUCUCAAUGUUCGAUUGUAACUGGUGAUUAGGUAAUACAUCUGUAUGAACAGCUUAUCCUAUCUAUCAUGUAUUAAUGUUUACAUCUUGAAUUAAUGUACUGUUGAGGCAGCAGAUGCCUUAAAUGUGUUUGUCCUAGAUUAUUGU